GAACAAUCCUCUGCUUGGAUAAUCUCCUACAAGUCCUGGAGACGACAAUGAUCGGGUUUCAACAGACAUGACAAUAGAGCUCUGAGUCGGAACUCGUACAUAUCUUGACAUCCUCCCGCCACUGUGCGCCCUCCGUCAUCCUGCGCUGUUCGCCUCGACGCACCCAACCUCGAGUCCUGCCGCUAUCCCUCUUUUACAGGAAAAGACCGCGACAUGGCUUCAAUGAGCAAGAGAACGCAAGCGCGCAAUGAGAGGGAGCUGCAUGAAUUGUUGAGCCUUCCGGGCAAUUCGACAUGCGCCGAUUGUGGUGCAAAGAAUCCAGCAUGGGCAAGCUGGAAUCUGGGUAUCUUCCUGUGCAUGCGAUGCGCUUCAUUGCACAGAAAACUCGGCACACAUAUCAGCAAGGUCAAGUCCCUGAGCAUGGAUACAUGGUCGAAUGAUCAGGUCGAGAGUAUGAAACGUCACGGAAACAACGAAGUGAACAAAGUCUACAAUCCCAAGAACAAGAAACCCGAUAUGCCUCUUGAUGCGGAUGAGGUAGACUCUGCAAUGGAAAGAUUCAUUCGCAAGAAAUACCAGGAAAAGAGUCUAGCAGAUGGCAGACCACAACCUCCCCAACGCGAUGACCAUUCACCAACAACAUAUUCAAGACCGCAACGAGCAGAAUCUCCUCCGCCGCCCUUGCCCCCAAAGAAAGGAAAACUCUUCGGUUUUAGUCUUCGAACUUCGUCUUCGGCACUUCCCCUGUCGAGGCAUGAUAAAAAGAAGGCUGCCAAGGAGAGAAGUAUGGACAACAACUUUCAAGUGCCUACAGAAGAUUACAAUUCAAUGUCGAGGAUGGCAGAUGCGCGCUUUGAGAUGACGGAUUCGGAUCUCCAGAAGAAGCUUAACAUGCUUCUAGACAUGGGGUUUUCUGACGUGGAUCGCAACGCGAACCUGUUGAGACGACUGAACGGGAAUGUUGAAAGGACGAUUGCAACAUUGGUUCAGCUGGGUCCAAGCAAUGGUAGCAAGGUAUCGGCAACCAGGCCUGUUCCAGAAAAAGAAUAUUCGACCGAGUUCCCAGACGUACCUACGACCUCGAAGCCUCCGGAGCCGUCGUACAAUCCCUUCACGCAGACAGACAGUCAACCCUCUGUUGGUCUCUCUAUGGGUCAGCCCCAGGGACCUCCAGCUCAGCAAUAUAGCAGCAACAAUCCGUUCGGACCUCCAGCACCACGAAGCCAGACCGAGACUGGGCUUGAACAGUCAUUUCAAUCCAUGCAGGUCACUCAGCCGUUGUUCCCUCACAGCACCGGCGGCUAUCCAGCUCAGCAAGCUUCCUUCCAAGAUCCACGACUACAGUACUCUAUGACUCCCCCUGUAAUGUCUUCAAACCCUCAGCAAGGCUAUGUUGCAUCCCCUGCAGCUAUUUCUAUGAACACGAACCCGUUCUUCCAGCCUGCUCCACUAUCUACACAAUCCACAGGGAGCAAUCCAUUUCUCCCACAAUCUCAGUCAGCAACUACACCUUCUACGUCGACCAAUCCAUUCUUUGGCUUUCAACCGCCACAACCGACGGAAAGUCCACUGCGCCAAAGCUCUCUUCCUGCUAGCCUGAACCCAUUCGGUAUUCCUCCCUCGCAGCAAUCACAACUGAUGUCGCAGCAACAGCAACAACCUGCAGGUCGACCGGCACCACAAGCACCAGACUUUUAUGGAGCUACUCAGACGAGUUCAUAUGGAAAUCAGAACAACCCAUUCAAUAUGCAACAACAACAGCAGCAGCAGCAGCAACUCCCCCAUGCUCAAGGUCCUCAAGCGACGAUGAGCUAUCAGAACUUUCAAUAUGGACAGCCUCAAGGUCAGCAACAGCAACCACAGUUCCAACAGUUCCAGCAGCAACAACAACAACAACAACCUAAUUUCCAACAAUACAAUCAACAACCCCAAGCCAUGAUGCCUCAACAAACUGGUCGUUAUGACAAGAACUCUAUAAUGGCAUUGUAUAACUACCCUCAACAGAGCAAUCAACAACUCGCCUCGAUUCCCGAACCAGCAGACCAGAACCAAGCGCAGCAACAGCAGCAGCACCCGCAACAGGUUGUGUCACCCACUCCAUCACUUGAUAUAUUUGGUCAACCAAAUGCCUUGACGCCCACGAAGCGAAGCUCGACCAUGCCAGUCUCCUUAUCGAACAUGCAUUCGGCGGGUGGCGGCGGCAAUCGCAAUCCUUUCUUCACGAACGCAGCCAACGUCAACGCCAACGCCAACGCCACUUUCGGCCUCGGCUCGCCGGCACAGACAAACAUGAUGCCCAACUUGACUCAGGCUCAGAUGCAGUCACCUCAAGGCAUUGCCGCGAGACACACAAGUCGAGAGAGUAUGAUUAUCAGCGGGCUCGAAAAUGGUCGGCACAGUCCAGACGCCUUUGCGAGUCUGAGUGCAAGGUAUCAAUGAGCGGGAAGAGUUUCUUCGCGUGUUGUGUCUCCGAUGGAGAAGGAUGGAAGAGGAGGAACCUUGCAAAAAAGGUGUGCCAGAAGGGGAGAAAAAAGGGCGGGCUACCCGAAAGAAGUUAUUUUACAUGGUCCUUUGAUUCAAAAACCCAAUCAAUUGCAUUUGUAUCCUCGCGAGUCUCGAGAGCAGCAGAUUGCAGGUAGUUUUUAGCCAUGUUUUACGAAUUUCCUUGUGUGCGCAGGAGUUUAUAUCAAUAUCAAUGGGAGGAGUACGGAUUCAGCAUGCCUUUUGACCGAGUAUCGAGUAAAAAUGGUGUUUUUUCCCCAGCACAAUACGAGGGACAUUCUUCUUUAUAUAUAUACCUAUAUAUAUUUCUUUUGUGUUAUUGAAGCGAUGGUGGGCGUGGGAGGACUCAUCAAAUACCUUGGUUGUGGUCACGGUCAAGGCAGGUAGUACGUGGUACGGCGCGCAUUAUGCGAGCAGCUCAUUUCAAUGUCGUUCCUAUACCGUCUUUACACUAAUACAUGAGG